AGAGCCAAGAGAUUGAAGCUAGGCCUACCAGAAGGGGCCAGCUCCUGCCUACAGCUCCGCUCUAGGACAGAGAGAGGUCCCUGGCACCACCCAGUGCUCAGCUCAGACCCUCAAGGUAGCCAGGCCAGAAGUGUCCCUCCUCAGACACCAGGCUGAUCCAGGGGAAGAUGGGGAGCCCGGUGCACCGAGUGUCACUGGGGGACACCUGGAGCAGGAAAGUCCAUCCUGACAUAGACAGCGAGAGGCACAGACAAUCCUUCAACGUGGAACGACUCACCAACAUCCUUGACAGAGGUGUUGAAAAUACUGUGCUGCGGAGAAAAAUUGAAAGCAUCAUCCAGGGAGACCCAGUGUUCAGCAUAAAGGACAAUUACUUCAUGACCAAGAAUGAACUCUAUGAGGCUGCCAUUCAAAAGAAAUUCCACCUUGAGAUGCUGGCCCAGCGCCUGGGCUGGUCAGAAAGAAGUCGGGAACAAACCUACGCUUACAGAGCCAUUUCUGGACAAGUGAACUUAAGUGUACAUAAUGUCUCCAUGAAUGCUUUAAAAAGCCUGGGCUCAGAUGAGCAGAUUGCUAAAUGGGGCCACCUCUUCAAAAACUUCCAAAUCAUUGCAACAUAUGCCCAGACAGAACUGGGACACGGGACGUACCUGCAGGGCCUGGAGACUGAAGCCACCUAUGAUGCAGCCACCCAGGAGUUUGUGAUACAUAGCCCCACAAUAACUGCCACUAAGUGGUGGCCUGGGGACCUGGGACGGUCAGUCACCCAUGCUGUGGUCCUGGCCCAGCUGAUAUGCUCAGGAGCCAAGAAAGGCAUGCAUGCCUUCAUCGUACCCAUUCGGAGCCUGCAGGACCAUAGCCCGCUGCCAGGAAUCACAGUUGGGGACAUAGGGCCCAAGAUGGGCUUGGACCACAUAGACAAUGGCUUCCUGCGAAUGAACCAUGUGCGAGUCCCCAGGGAGAAUAUGCUGAGUCGCUUUGCAGAGGUCUUGCCAGAUGGUACCUACAGGAGGCUAGGGGCACCACAGAGCAAUUAUCUGGCCAUGGUGGUGACACGGGUGCAGCUGCUGUUGGAUGGAAUCCUACCCUACCUCCAGAAGGCUUGUGUCAUCGCUGUGCGCUACUCGGUCAUCCGACGCCAGUCCCAGAUUCGGCCUAGUGACCCAGAGGCAAAAAUCCUGGACUACCAGACACAGCAGCAGAAACUCCUCCCUCAGCUUGCCAUGUGUUACGCCUUCCAUUUUCUGAUCCUCGAUCUCUUAGAAUUCUUCCAGAUCGCCUACAGUGCCAUUCUGGAAAGAGACUUCAGCCUUCUGCCUGAGCUCCACGCACUGAGCACCGGUAUAAAAGCCAUGCUGUCGGACUUCUGUGCCCAGGGAGCUGAGAUAUGCCGCAGGGCCUGUGGUGGCCAUGGCUACUCAUUGCUGAGCGGUCUGCCAACACUGGUCAACCAAGUGAUAGCCUCUUGUACCUAUGAAGGCGAGAACACAGUGCUUUACCUCCAGGUGGCCAGAUUUCUGAUGAAGAACUACCUACAGGCUCAGGUGUCUCCAGGCUCCACAGAACAAAAGUCUCUUCCUCAGUCUGUCAUGUAUCUUGCCACACCAGGCCCAGCUAGAUGCCCAGCCCAGACAGCAGCCGAUUUCCUCUCCCCAGAACUCUAUACCACAGCCUGGGCACAUGCAGUGACCAGGCUCAUAAAGGAUGCAGUACACAACACACAGGCCCUCACACAGUCUGGAGUUGAUCAGCACAAUGCCUGGAACCAGACCACUGUCAUACACCUCCAGGCUGCUAAGGCUCACUGCUACUACAUCACUGUGAAGACUUUCAAGGAGGCUUUAGAGAAACUAGACAAUGAACCAGCAAUUCAGCGGGUGCUCCAACGCCUCUGUGACCUCUGUGCCUUGCAUGGUAUUUUGACAAACUCGGGUGACUUUCUGCAUGAUGGCUUCUUCACGGGGGCUCAACUGAACAUGGCAAGAGCAGCCUACCUAGAUCUGCUUCUUCUGAUCCGGAAGGACGCUAUCUUGUUAACGGAUGCUUUUGACUUCACGGAUCACUGUUUAAAUUCAGCACUUGGCUGUUAUGAUGGACAGGUCUAUGAACGUCUGUUCGAGUGGGCUCAGAAAUCACCAGCCAAUACUCAGGAGAACCCUGCCUAUGAGAAAUAUAUCAGACCACUGCUACAGAGUUCAGGAUCCAAGCUGUGAAAUAACCAACAGUACCCAAGAACCACGCAGCACCAUGAUGAUACUAUGGCACAUAUAUAUUAAAAUUAAAAAUUAAAAAAAAUAUAUAUGUAUUUAGUUCUCUUUUGGACAUAGUCUAUAUGAAUAGUGUCUGUGAUUUCCUUAUAAAAAGCACAAGAGUGAGUAGUUGUUGAAUUUGAUUAGUAAGUUGGCAAAUGAAUGUUCAUUAUACUGUACUUUUGAAUAUGUUUGAAAUUUACCACUAUUUGUAGCAUGUAUUUGGUUAAAUACCAGAACUUUGCUUUGAAUACAGCAAAACCAAUAAACCCAUUAGUUGCUACUA